CCCCGCUGACCCCCGCAUGGCCAAGCAGAGCCCUGCGGAGCCGCAGGCGGCGGGGCCGAGCGGCGCGGCCCGCGGGAAGAGCAAGAAGAGGAGGAAGAAGAGGAAGGCCCUCGGGAAAGCGGCGGCCGCGCCCGGCAUGGCGGCCGUGGCUCCCCCCCGCAACCCGCAGGAAUUCUCCUCCAACUGGAAGGCGCUGCAGGAGCUGCUGAAACAAAAGGCAAAUAACUCCAAGAAGGCCAUUUCCACGGAUCAAACAGACACCACAAAGAAGCAGCCACUCAAAGCAGCCAAAAGCCCAGAAGUCCCAGCAGUCAGUGGGAAUGGGAAUGUGGUAAAGGCCAAAUCCACAAAUAAAAUGGACAGUGGUGCUGCUAAAGCCAGUCCUCCUCUGGCCAAGCCAGAAUCCAAGGGGGUUACAGCAAAUAAGAACUUAAAUGGCACCAAAAGCAAUGGGAAAGGCUGCAAAGAAAAGAAGAAAAAUGGCAUUGUUGUGAAGGAGAAGGAUGAGCUGAAACAUAAGAGGAGGAAAGCUGAGGAACACGUGGAGCAGCAGCCCAAGGAGGCUGACAUCUGGUUUGAUGACGUUGAUCCCAAAGAUAUUGAAGCAGCACUAGGACCUGAAGCAGCAAAAAUUGCCAGAAGGAACCUGGGACUUGAAACAGAGCAAUGCCAGUCUGUGGAGCAGGUGCUGGUUAAGGAAAAGGCUUUUGAUGGGCUGACCCGGGCCGUGGCCAUGGACUGUGAGAUGGUGGGGGUGGGCCCCAAGGGCGAGGACAGCAUCUUGGCUCGGGUGUCCAUCGUCAACCAGUUUGGGAAGUGUGUCUAUGACAAGUAUGUCAAGCCCACGGAGAAGGUGACAGACUACAGGACAGCUGUCAGUGGCAUCCGGCCUCAGAAUAUAAACUCAGGUGAAGACUUUAAAAAGGUUCAGAAGGAGGUGGCUGAGAUCCUGCAGGGAAGGAUUUUAGUUGGACACGCCUUACAGAAUGACCUGAAGGUCCUACUUCUUGAUCACCCUCACAAGAAGAUCAGGGACACACAGAGAUACAAACCUUUUAAACAGAGAGUCAAGAGCUCCAGGCCAUCCCUGAAGCUGCUCUGUGAGAAGCUGCUCAAUGUUCAGGUGCAGACAGCAGAGCACUGCUCGAUCCAGGAUGCACAAGCAGCUAUGAGACUUUACACCCUGGAGAAAAAGAAAUGGGAAGCUGCUGUUAAGAACAAAGCUAACAAGAAAAAUUGUAAAACUUAAAAACCCAGGGCAGAAUCUUUCACCUGCAGCAUUUGCUGGUUUGAUGUCACAUUCCAAAUUUAGAGAUAAGUCAGAACUGACAGCAGCUACUUCAUAAAAUCAAUCCAAAGACAAUGCUACAAUAACCUGGAAGUGCAGGAAUGCUCUGGUAUCCCUGUGGAUGGGCCCUGUGCCUGAUGCCUGCUGCUCUGCUCAAGCAACCUUGGUAACAAAUGCCUGCAGCUGGGAAGAACUUCAUCAAUUAAAUUUCUUCAAUGGAAAUAGACACUGAAUAAGUUUAAAAAAAAUUAAAUUAUGAUAGAUGAAGGAAGAAACUGUCAUUGCUUUGUCAAAACUGAGGAUUAAAAUCUUUAUUUCAAGUAUGUUGAGGCCCAUAAAGUGAGGUCUGCUGCAAGGUGAAUUCUUAAAUUAUUGCUGUUUGUUACACAGUUGUGGUACCCAAACCAUCAAUAAAUACCUGUUUGUAUAUUA